GUUAUAGAGACAGGUCAUAUCUGUUUAGAGACAUUAAUACUAGGAGAGGUUGUUGUUAUAGAGACAUUAAUACUAGGAGAGGUUGUUGUUGUUACAGAGGGAUGUCAAACCCAAAAGUGACAGAAUUCUGAAGACAAGACAGGAGAUACAGUUAGAAGUGGACAAGCUGAAGAGAAACUUGAUUCAUCAGCAACCAGUAGCGGAGGUGGAGACCCAGCUGAUAGUACAGUGUGUGGAACAGGAACAGGAGCUGAUGAGACAGUCUCACAGACACAGAGAGGAGCUCCACACCCUCAGCUGUCUGACUCAGAUCAAAGCUGAUGAGAGAGAGCAGAAGUCCAGGGACCGCCACAGGGCUGAGCAAAGAUACCAUCGCAUCAAGCAAGAGCUGAGAGGCAAGAGUCUGGUGAUCCAUGAACUCAAGAAGCAGAACCAGGAGGUCCAGUCCAGGCUUGGUGUGUUUGCCAAGCUGUACGACAACAUCAAGGGUGAUAGGAACAAGUGUAUGAACCUGAUCCAGAUGGCCUCCCAGAGAACGGCUGAGAUGAGAGAGAAGUUCAAGAUCCUGGACAACGAGAUUGAGAUCCUCAGAACCAAUGCCAUCAACAAAGAGAAGCUGCUCCAGAAGUCCCGUCUGAAGCACUUCCACAGCCACACCAUCAGAGACAGCCUGAGGAACGAUAUCUCCAAGGUGACCCUGGUGCUUCAUGAGAUGAGACAGAAGAGGGAGGAGCAGAAGCUGAACUUGGGCCGGCUGACCCACAUGAUCAACUACCAUGAAAAGAACCUGCUACAGAUGAGGAAGAGCCACGACAACGCCGUGCAGAGUCGCAAUGACAGAGGGGUACAGUUGCUGGAGCGUGAGGAGGAGAUGUGUAUUUUCUACGAGAAGGUGAAUGUUCAGGAGGGCCUGAUCAGAGACGGUAACAUAGAGAUGCAGGCGCUGGAGGAGGAGACGCGCUGCCUGCAGAUGAUCACCAAGGAAGAAGGAAGACAGACAGCCCUCAGCAGGAAACUGGUUCCCUGCCAGAGGAGACUGAAGGGAGAGAGCACCAUGCUGCAGAUACAGCUGUCAGAGUGUAAGGAGCGUAUGUUGGAGCUAGAGAAGGCCUUGGAGGAUCCAGGACAGGAGAACAGGGCCAGAGAGCUGGAGGGGAACGACCCAUCUCCUGUUGAACUCAUCCAGAAGAUAGAACAGCUGGAGGUUGGCUUGGCGGAGCGGGAAGAGCUGCUCCUGGAGAAGGACUUGGUGUUUGAGCAGGUGACCCGGAUCUCUCAGCGAAUCAGAGCUAAGGCCGAGAACGGCAAGCAGGACACACUGCAGCUAGCCAAGAAGGUGAAUGAGCUGCAGGGCCGUAUCAAGGAGUCAACCAGGAGGAUGAUGGCUGUGGUGUCUGAGUUGUCGAUGCGCCAAGCCAGCGCCAUGACCCUGCAGCAGGAGCUGAAGGAGAGGGAGCUGUUCCUGGACACCUGCCACCGACGCCUGGACCAGGGUCUGCCCCCCUCUGAAGACCUGGAGCAGGAGUGGCAACACAUCCUCAGGGAUGAGCAGCGCAGGCAGGCCGACCAGCAGGAGAAAGACAGGCUGGUGGAGGAGGAGGAGAGGUCCCAGCUCCCUAGUGGGGUGUACACCACGGCCGAGGCCCGACCCAACGCCUACAUCCCCCUGGGGGACACCCUGCCCCUGCCCAAGCCCUACGGAGCCCUGGCCCCCUUCAAACCCUCCGAGCCCGGCACCAACAUCAGACACAUUCGCAAGCCUGAACCAAAACCCAUUGAGAUAUAGACCUGGACCAAACCCAUUGAGAUAUACUGUAGACCUGGACCAAACCCAUUGAGAUAUAGACCUGGACCAAACCCAUUGAUAUAUACUGUAGACCUGGACCAAACCCAUUGAUAUAUACUGUAGACCUGGACCAAACCCAUUGAGAUAUACUGUAGACCUGGACCAAACCCAUUGAUAUAUACUGUAGACCUGGACCAAACCCAUUGAGAUAUACUGUAGACCUGGACCAAAACCAUUGAUAUAUACUAU